CCGAUCGCGGCGGCGGCGGCGGCGGCCUCCCAAUUCAGCCGUCGCCAGCGGGCGAAGCGAGGCGAGGGCCAUGGAGCCCGGACGGGAUGCUCCCCGCUUGCCCGCGCCGCUGUGAUCCUCGCCCGGCCCGGCGGCCGAGGCGCAGCGCGGAGAGCGGCCCGCCAUGGAAGCAGCGGCGUCUGCAGAGCCGCGGCCCCCAGGCGCGCUGGGACCGCUGGCUGCGCUCUGCUUGGUGAAUCUCUUCCUGACUGGGAAAAUCGAGAGUGCGGUCCCUUCCUUAGCUGCUUGCAGUGGAAAACCAGAGCAGCACAUGGAACGGCGCGGGGUCAUAUAUAGUCCUUCCUGGCCACUCAACUAUCUCCCGGCUAUGAACUGCAGCUGGUACAUCCAAGGAGAUCGCGGCGAUGUCAUCACUAUUAGUUUUAAGAACUUUGAUGUGGAGGACUCUCCCAAAUGUUCCAUAGACUGGUUGAUGAUGGGUCCUUCUUCCAAAGGGGAGGAGUACAAAGUCUGUGGAUCUUUUAUCCCUCCUUCGUUCAUCUCUGCCAGGGACCACAUCUGGAUCUUUUUCCACUCAGAUCCAUCAAGUUCAGCGCAGGCUCAGGGAUUUCGCCUUUCUUACAUUCGAGGAAAGGUUGGCCAAGCCAGCUGCCAAUCGGACGAAUUCCGCUGCCUCAAUGGCAAAUGCAUCCCCAUCACUUGGAAGUGCAAUUCCAUGGACGAAUGUGGGGACAACUCCGACGAGAAAAACUGCAGCCUCCCCCCGACGGAGCCCCAGUCCAACAUCUGCCCUUCGGGGACCUUCCAGUGCAACAUUCCCCAUUCCACCAAGUGCUUGUUGAACGAGCUGAAAUGCAACGCCGUGAAAGACUGCAGCGACGGCUCCGAUGAGGAAAAUUGCCCCGAUCUCUCCUGCGGCAAGAAACUCAGCAAUUUCUACGGCUCGUUCGCCUCGCCGGAUUUCUUCCGCCUGGACCGGAAUCGGGCCGACCUCUGUUGCACGUGGAAAGUGGACACGCAAGAUAACCGCCACGUUCUCCUGCAGCUCAGUUUGCAGCUGGGCUACAAGGAUUACGUGAAGGUGUACGACGGCUUAGAGGAGAAAGCCGACAAGCUGAUGGAGACGCUCUCGUAUCGGAACAAUAAGCACUCGGUCAGCCUGGAGUCCGCCAAGGGGCAGAUGACCAUCUUGUACUAUGCCUGGUCGAAAAGCACCGGGCACGGGUUCAACGCGACCUAUCAAGUCAAAGGGUAUUGCCUUCCGUGGGAGCACCCGUGCGGGGACGAGGAAGAGUGUUACUCCGAUAAGCAGCACUGUGACGGGUGGUGGCAUUGCGCCAACGGUAAGGACGAGGAGAAUUGUCCCGCCUGCCAGAAGAACGAGUACCCCUGCGAGGGGAAUAGCGGGCUGUGCUACUCCUUGCUCGACCGUUGUAACAACCAGAAGAACUGCCCCAACGGGUCGGACGAGAAGAACUGUUUUGUGUGCCAGCCGGGGAACUUCCAUUGCGGCACCAACCUCUGCAUUUUUGAGACCUGGCGUUGUGACGGCCAGGAGGAUUGCCAAGAUGGCAGCGAUGAGCACAACUGUUUGGUGAUCGUGCCCCGGAAGGUCAUCACGGCCGCGCUGAUCGGGAGCCUGGUCUGUGGGCUGCUGCUGGUGAUCGCCUUGGGUUGUGCCUUCAAGCUGUACUCCCUGAGGAGCAGGGAAUACCGGGCAUUUGAAACCCAGAUGACUCGCUUGGAGGCGGAGUUCGUAAGGCGCGAAGCUCCUCCUUCUUACGGGCAACUGAUCGCACAAGGCCUCAUUCCACCCGUGGAAGACUUCCCUGUUUAUAAUGCAUCCCAGGCUUCCGUGCUGCAGAACAUCCGAACGGCCAUGAGGCGGCAAAUGAGGCGCCAUUCCUCGAGGCGCGGCUCUUCCCGCCAACGUUUGGGUAGACUCUGGAACAGAUUCUUUCACAGGCCGCGAGCGAGAGGCCAGGUUCCCCUCUUGCACACCGCCCGCACCUCCCAGACGGUCCUGGGGGACGGGAUCCUGAACUGCACAGAUGGGGCACCUGCGGAGAGCCUCCCAGCCUCUCCCGAAGAGGGUUGCGGCCCACCCGGAGGGGUUUCCGAACCUGGCAACAGCUCCUCAGCCUUGGAGGCAGAAGCAACGGAAGUCCCGUCCACCGAGAGUGUGCCUAGCCCUUGCCCAGUUGCUCUGCCAGAUGCUGAGGGCCAGCACAGCUGCAUGGCUGAAGAUGCCCCGGAGGGAAGACUCGCACAAGCCGCUAAAGCUGAUUCAGGAAGGACAUUUAGGGACCCUCUGCUGGAAAGAGUGACAGAAAUUCACCAAUGGGGACGGGUGUCACGUGGCAGGACAGCUGGAGAUGGCAGACAUUCUCAGCUGCUGAGGGAAGAGCUGCGUCAUUCAGUGCCAUUAAAAAACUGGGAGUCCGGGUAUCCGGAAAGCCACGGAGCCCUCCCUCUUCAGGGGGAACGCCAGCCCAAUGGCGACCCACACUCCUGUCACGAAGAACCUUUUGGCAUUCACCCUCCUCGUUGCCAUUCCAUGGAAGUGCCAAUAGCCGCCUCCCCGCUCCGCGCCCCUGAAAGGACCCCCAGUGACGACGAGUCUUUGUUGGUGUGCUGAAGGGUCGUAUUCGCAGGCAGACGCACCACCGCCAGGCAAAUGGCGCAGGUCCCAUUAUCCACGUCCUAGGUGCAGUGACACCACAGGGCACGUCACCUUGCUAGCUCCCUGGUGCGCGUGCCACAGUAGGACUCCCCGCCCUGAGCUCGGGCGCACCACCGCCAGGCAAAUGGCGCAGGUCCCAUUAUCCACGUCCUAGGUGCAGUGACACCACGGGGCACGUCACCUUGCUAGCUCCCUGGUGCGCGUGCCACAGUAGGAGUCCCCGCCCUGAGCUCGGGUGCACCACCACCAGGCAAAUGGCGCAGGUCCCAUUAUUCAUGUCCUAGAUGCAGUGACACCACGGGGCACGUCGCCUUGCUAGCUCCCUGGCGCGCGUGCCACAGUAGGACUCCCCGCCCUCUGCCGACACCCCCCACUUCUCCUUUGUUUCUUUCUUUACAGCAUGUCUGCCUUCGCAAAGAAUAACUUAGAUACAGCUGGAGGGAAAGAUUCUUCACAGCCUUUCUCUCUCCCCCUCUUUCAGUUAUAAUUGUGCCAAGAUGGAUAGAGGAUAGAUACAAUGGUUGUCUCGCUGUAAAAAAGUAAGGAGGAUGACCUUGACAGAGGUAGGAUAGAUUUGUUACCAAAGCAACCAGAGGAGAAAGCAUGGAUUACCGUAUUUUUUGGACUAUAAGACGCACUGCAGUAUAAGACACAUCAAGAUUUUGAAGAGGUAAAUUUAUGCAGAUAGUUUGAGAGGCUGGCAAAGUGCUCCUGGAGGCUGGGGAGGGCAAAAAACGGGCUUGCAAAAAAAUGGGGCGUGUAGAGAGUUUGGA